CCGACCGCUAGCGUACCAGCGUAGAACGGUUUACCCGGCCACUCAGCACCUCUGCUCCACUCGCGCAGUCUUGUCACGACUCGCUGCAAAAGGAAGGGAAAAACGGUCAUUGCCUGUGCUGGAUCGCCGGAGAUAAUCGCUCUCUCUGUCUGCAUCAUCUCACUUCUUGCAUCUCGAAUCCCUCGCCUCUUCCGUAUUACACCGGACAACCCUCCCCCACCUCCCACGUUCGACUCUAAUUCACCUCCCCGUCGCCCCUUCGCUCAGCCUGCCCCCGCUUCAAAGCCAACCCGCCCGACCGGGACGAUCUUGCGUCGUGAACCUGCGCCCUUUCUGCUGCUUCUCAAUCAUCCGCCCCUGCUGCAGCGACUCCGGGAAAUAUCAGCAGAGGCUACACCGUCAUCCGAUUCGCUCGCUUGACUACUUCGCCUGGGCUUGUCGCCAUCGUCAGCCGAUCAUAUUGGGACGAGACAGGGCCAAGGCUCUCUGAGGACUCAUCCACGAUGCACGUCCAAACAAAUCCAACCGCCCCUUUGCAGACGCAGUCUGCUGGAGUAUGCGACUCGUCGAAUGUCAAUGUCAAAGUUGAGGCAUCCGAUAAGCGCAAACUGUGCGAACUAGACGACCAAUGCGACGAGAAUGCGGACGACAACAAGCAAAAACGAUCUCGUGGUCGGCCUCGACUAGAUACCAAAGAUGAAACUGCUGCUGAUCGACGAAGAACACAAAUCAGAUUAGCCCAGAGGGCAUAUAGACACCGAAAAGACACUGCCAUCACCACCCUCGAGGACCGCGUCAAGGAACUGGAGAAGAUCAACUCACAAAUGACCCAAGAAUUCAACAAGUUCUAUGAUAUUAUGCUCUCAGAACGAAUGCUCGAGGUAUCACCACAAGUUUCAGAACGGUUACAUCGGAUCACGGACAAAAUAAUGCGACUAGGCACCCUCAACAGUGAAGCCAGCGGAUAUUUAUCACCAGAGGAUGAUCGGAUUCCCAACGCCAAGUCACAUCCUCAGGCGCCUGAUAAAUCGACAACCACAGGAUCUGAUGGCAGCUUUAGCCCGCAUCGCAAGCCCCAGCAGAGUCAUGACUUGCCUCAAGUUGAACCCUUCACCCCAUCCGCCACUCAUUCGUUUACAUCCUCUCAUCCGCAAACUCAGAUGGCCCCCCCUGCUGUCGCUGCUUCUUAUGAAAUUGUAGCACACGCAACACCGCAAAAUGCCAGUUUCCCUUUUUGUACUCCUAUAAACUCAGCACCGUCACCCAGCUUUGUUAGCUUUCUUCCGCCUCCUCAAUACACAACUGCAACCAUCCCUCAAGCUACAUACGCAUUCCCUCCCAUUAAUUUCAGCCAAAGACUACGCCGCAGAACUCAGGAGCGCUCGCUUGCUCUCGCCUCGAUGACUAGCCCACCAGCAGAACGGUAUGCCGCCGUUUUCGGUUUCUGUCUUCUUUUUGAAACAAAGGAUGAUAUCGUGCGCCGCUUAACUCGCAACAUCCAAGAAGACCGCGAAAUUGACAUCAGUCUGUGGAAAGCCAAGUUCGACGGCGAUAGCACCCCUGCUAAGCUGGAUGAAGCCGACAGAUUGGAACAACAAAUUAGGCUCAUUUUUGCAAACUAUCGCCAAGACUUCCUGAAUACUGAUGAGAGUGAGGUCUACAUGCGCCAGCUUGGUAUCCUUAUUCCACCUGAUGCGGACUUUAUUGACGCUGAGCUCGAUUUGAAUCUUCUCAAAGACGUACCAAACACACAGGAGAUGCGCGAUGCCAUGGCUCUUCAAUCACAAGUGGUUGAUUUUAACAAUGCAUCCAUGGCCGCCGCAUCUAUGGCUACCGCUACAACCAUGGCCCCUUCACAGCCUUUGGUAGCCAUGACUGCUCCUAUCUUCACUAUUGACACACCCAUCGCCCCGGUUGGUACGCCUGUGAGUCUAGCGUACCCUGAUGGAGUCAGUCGCAUAUGGCCCGAACCAACGUGGUCAAAGACAAAAAUUACAAUUAGCAUCAAAGUUCUUAUCGAAGAAAUGGUCAGUGGCUCGGUCUGUCUUGGUAAAACGCCAGGCAUCCGAAUUAACGACAUCCAUAAAGCAAUCAGGAUUGCUUCUGGACUCUCUCACAACUGAGGUUUCUAUAUCAGCCUCAUUUUGCUAAUCUUUCCCUUCUCUAUCUUGCUCCUUUUUGUUUGUGAUACCAAUUAGGGACAGUGGCGCGCGUUUGCGUAGUCACUCCUAUACCUCUUCGAAUUUCCUUUGUUACCCAACGUUUGGAUAAGCUAAAUCAGGAGAUGGUGCCUAUUUUUAGAAGGCUGCACCGGAUUUACGGGACUAUAUGUCAACGGCGUUUGUUGUAUUUUAGGUCUGGACCAAGUGUCCUCCCAACAGCUCAAGUAUAUAUAUAACAAGGUUGAACCUUUUAUCGCUUCAACUUACCAAAGAAGCUAUAACUUUGACUCUAUCG